UGCUCCUCCCCCACUCCUCCUCCCCCAGUGUGGCUGGCUACCCAGAACCACAGCACCCUGGUGACGGAGCGCAGCGCUGUGCCCUUCCUGCCUGUGAACCCCGAGUACUCGGCCACGCGGAAUCAGGGGCGACAGAAGUUGGCCCGCUUCAAUGCCCGAGAGUUUGCCACCUUGAUCAUUGACAUUCUCAGCGAGGCCAAGCGGAGACAGCAGGGCAAGAGCCUGAGCAGCCCCACAGACAACCUUGAGCUAUCCGCGCGGAGCCAGAGUGACCUCGACGACCAGCACGAUUACGACAGUGUGGCCUCAGACGAGGACACGGACCAGGAGCCCCUGCGCAGCGCCGGUGCCACUAGGAACAACCGUGCCCGGAGCAUGGACUCCUCAGACCUGUCCGAUGGGGCCGUGACGCUGCAGGAAUAUCUGGAGCUGAAGAAGGCUCUGGCUACCUCCGAGGCAAAGGUGCAACAGCUCAUGAAGGUCAACAGCAGCUUGAGUGAUGAGCUCCGGAGGCUGCAGAGGGAGAUCCACAAGCUGCAGGCAGAGAACUUGCAGAUCCGGCAGCCACCCGGGCCAGUGCCCACACCCCCACUGCCCAGCGAGCGGGCAGAACACACACCCAUGGGGCCUGGCGGGAGUGCCCAUCGCAGGGACCGCCAGGCCUUCUCCAUGUAUGAACCAGGCUCUGCCCUGAAGCCCUUUGGGGCCCCGCCUGGGGAUGAGCUCUCUACCCGGCUACAGCCUUUCCACAGCACUGAGCUGGAGGAUGAUGCUAUCUAUUCAGUGCAUGUCCCUGCUGGCCUUUACCGGAUCCGGAAGGGGGUGUCAGCCUCAGCCGUGCCCUUCACUCCCUCCUCCCCACUACUGUCCUGCUCCCAGGAAGGAAGCCGCCAUACGAGCAAGCUUUCCCGCCAUGGCAGUGGUGCUGACAGUGACUAUGAGAACACGCAAAGCGGGGACCCACUGCUUGGGCUGGAGGGGAAGAGGUUUCUUGAGCUGGGCAAGGAAGAAGACUUCCACCCAGAGUUGGAAAGCCUGGAUGGAGACCUUGACCCUGGGCUUCCCAGCACAGAGGAUGUCAUCCUGAAGACGGAACAGGUCACCAAGAACAUCCAGGAAUUGUUGCGGGCUGCCCAAGAAUUCAAGCAUGACAGCUUUGUGCCCUGCUCGGAGAAGAUCCAUUUGGCUGUGACGGAGAUGGCCUCUCUCUUCCCAAAGAGGCCAGCCCUGGAGCCUGUGCGCAGCUCACUGCGGCUGCUCAAUGCCAGCGCCUACCGGCUGCAGAGUGAGUGCCGGAAGACCGUGCCCCCGGAGCCUGGCGCCCCUGUGGACUUCCAGCUGCUGACUCAGCAGGUGAUCCAGUGCGCCUAUGACAUCGCCAAGGCUGCCAAGCAGCUGGUCACCAUCACCACCCGAGAAAAGAAGCAGUGACCACUCUCCCUGCACCCUCACCUGCACUGGGACCUCACUGGCCAUGGGAGCUGGGCCACUCCAGACACUAAUCCCCACCCCAACGGAGCCACUGGCACAAGUGCCCUUAGUGCUGCCACUGUCCCCUGGCAGCCAGGCGCCCUGGUGCCCGCCCCCCUCAAGUCCCCAAGGAUGGGGAGGUGGGGUGGCAGGAGCUUCUGUCCCCCACAUUCCAUGCACCUCCCCCUGUACAUAGCAUCCCCCCCUUCUAGUGUGCAGGGGCCUCUAAGGCAUCACUCCCAGCCCCUUCCCCUCUGGGGCACCCUCAGCAAAGGGUCGGGUGGGGACACUCCAAGUGAGGCCAGUUCCCCCUACAGGCACCCCACCCCCAUGAGCCAGUUCAGCCCUGUUGGGGGCUGAGCCGGGGGCAUCCCCUCCUUUGUACAUAAUCUCUGUGGAUGUCCCCUGCCCUGUAGCCACCAACCCCCCUGCUGCUCUCCUUUAAUGUCAAACGGCCCCUGCCUAGGGCACAGGCCCCAAACCUGUGUUCCCAGGGUCCCUAGCAGCAAACACUGGAAAAUCUUUUUUUUUUCUCUCCUCUUCCACCCCUUAAUUUUAACAUUGUGGUAACUGAGUGUCCCUGCGUGCCUGUGUGUGCGUGUGCGGGGCGGCAGUGCCGUUCCGGAGGCCUGGCCCAUCUGGAGUUUUGUGAAGGGUGAGGGGACCAGGGCAGCAGGACCAGAGUUAGGGGUCAGUCCCCCACUCUCCCAUCCUGGGGCCAGGGACUGCUGGUAAAUCAUCUGGGGUCCUACCCGUUGCCUUCCCCCAUCGGUCCCCUUCUCUAUGAACUUACAAAAAAAAAAAAAAAAAAACCACUUCCCUGCAUCUCUCCUCCCCCCCCCUCCCUUGUGGAGGGGGCUGUGCUGGCUGGGGCAGAGAACUGAGCACCUGAGCCUGGGGCUGGCUCCCCGGGGUCCCUGACUCAGCUGAGAGCCCCCUCCUAUAACCUCUGAGAGGCCAGCACCUGCCCUGCAGUCUCUGGGUAUCUGGAAUCUGGGCAGCAGCCUGGGAAGGCUGGAGAGGCAGAUGGCCGUGCCUACCAGCCCUUCUCUCUGUCCUGCCUCUGCCCUAGGGGCCAGGCUGUACCUGUGUGGUGGUGGGUGGGCUGACUGUCAAGACGUGUGUCAUGUACAUUUGUAUCAAAAAUAAAUAAGUGACCAUGUGC